AUGGCACAGACUCCGAUCCAAGCCGCAGACGGCGCCAAGAUCACGUUUACCAUUCGUCCAAGCGAAGAACGCGGCAACGCGGACCACGGCUGGCUCAAGACCUUCCAUACAUUCAAUUUUGCAGAUUACUAUGACCCACGCUAUGAAGGAUAUGGUCCCUUGCGCGUCAUCAACGGUGUUCGCGAUUCCAUGUCUAAUGUCGAAGUGAUGAAGAGAGGUGAUGUGCAGCUCACCAGCGCUGGUACAGGGAUCCGACAUUCGGAAAAGACGGAUGGCGACAACCAGGUCCAUUUCCUCCAGAUCUGGAGCGUCCCCAACAAGAGAGGCCUCACACCAAAGUAUUACCACCGUCACUUUUCCGACGAGGAAAAGAGACAGGGCUGGGUGGCCGUCGUAGGCAAGAUUGGUGACGAGGGCGUCAGCGAUUCGCGCGAAGGUACUGGUCCGACACCCGUCCACAGUAACUUGUGGCUCUAUGCUACGCUCCUCGGUGCAGGAAAGACGAUCGAUCAUCCGCUCAAAUACUCCAAGGGCUAUAUCCAUGUCGUGCAGACGAGCGGAUACAACACAGAAAAGAGCAAAGGCAACCGUGUCAAACUCAACGGCGCGGUCGAGCUCGGAGAGGGCGAUGGUGCAUUCGUGACUAAUGGUGGCGAGAACGAGAUUGUAAAGAUUGAGAACAUCGGUGACGGAGAGGCGGAGCUAUUGUUCUUUGACCUCGAUUAG